AUGGCUAAUGUUGAUCAAGAUUCUAAUUUGGAUGGUGCAACAGAAGGUAGUUCGGAUGCAAAUGCACCCUUGAAAAGAAACCCGGAUGAUCCCGGAUGGAAUUAUGGCACAUUGUGUGAUCCUCUAAAUAAAGAUGCAAUCAAAUGCAAGCUUUGCAGAUUUAUAUGUAAAGCUGGAAUCACUAGGCUAAAGUACCAUGUUUCAGGACUAAAAGGAAAUGGUGUAGCCAUAUGUAAGAAUGCAAGAAAAGAAGAUAAGGUUGUGUGUGCUGCUUUACUUGAGAAACCAAAAGAGGAUAAGAUAGCAAAAAGAAAACGAGAAGAAGAAAUGAGGGCAGAGGUUGAAAUUGAAGUAGAAGAUAAUGAGUUUUAUGCAAGGUCAAAGAAGAAAGGAGAAGCAAUUUGCGUCCGUUGGACAAGUGUUCCUUUUCAUUCGAUUGAUAAUGAUGCCUUUAAGAAGUUUGUUGAAGGAUUCGGGCAAUAUGGUCGAGGUUACUAUCCUCCCAGUCAAUAUCUACUUAGGGAGCCAUUAUUGAAGGAAGAAGUUGAGAGAACUAAAGGUCUUCUCAAGAAACAAGAAGAAGAGUGGGCACGUAAUGGUUGUUCGGUUAUGACAGAUGGUUGGACUGAUCGAAAACGAAGAAGCAUAAUGAAUUUUUGUGUGUACUCAAGAGAAGGUACAACUUUUCAUUCUUCUGUUGAAUGUUCCAAAGAUUCACACACAGGGCAAUUCAUAUUUGAUUAUGUUGACAAGUGUAUUGAAGAUGUUGGGGCACAAAACGUGAUACAUGUUGUGACAGACAAUGUUGCCAAUAAUAUGGCGACUGCCAAAUUGUUGAUAGAGAAGAGGCCAAACAUGUUUUGGAAUUCUUGUGCUUCUCACACAAUCGAUCUUAUGCUUGAAGCAAUUGGUAAAGAAGGUAAAUUCAAAGAAUGGAUUGCUAAGGUAAAAACUUUAACUAUUUUCAUUUAUGCACAUCAUUGGACGUUGGCAUUAAUGUGGAAGUUUACAAAGUGUAAGGACAUCAUGAGGCCGGGAGUUACUAGGUUUGCUGCAACAUUUCUUACGUUGCAAAGUUUUAUGGAGAAGCAGGAAAAGUUAAAACAUAUGUUUACUAGUCAUGAAUGGACACAAUCAAAAUGGUCCAGAAAAAAUGGAACAGGAGCUUAUGAAAUCGUGAUAAUCCGAUCUUUUUGGAAUGGGGUAAACUUAUGCUUAAAGGUUUUCUCUCCGUUAGUCAAAAUCCUUCGACUAGCUGAUGGAGAUCGAAAGGCAUCAAUGGGCUUCUUGUAUGGAGAGAUUUAG